AUACUUUCUCAGCGUCUUAUUAGGAAUUUUCUGAGUAGCUUUUGUCGUUAACUGCCAGUAAUGUGCAAGUUCUAACGACUAAGUUUCCAGCUCUUUACAGGUGGAAAGAAAGACUUGUAAUUGUCAUCUUUAUCCACUUACUUAACUUAGCCACCCACUCUAUCUCCAUAGAAGUUUAUAUAUUCUUUUGGUGGAUUUUUCUGUACCCCAUAAUGUCAGCAAAUGAGCUACAAAAUUGUGUACAAAACCGAAAUCUUUCGGAACUUCAGAAUCUGAUUAUUUCUAGAAAGGUCUCAGUUGAUAUACCACUUGAUCAAGGUCUAACUGCAUUAAUGAUUGCAACAAAACGGAGUGAUAUUGAGAUUAUGGAAUUACUGUUGUCCUUGAAUGCAUCUGUCACUGUUAAAGAUGAGUCAGGAAAAACAGCUUUAAUGCAUGCUUGCAUCUGUGACAAUCUUCAAGCUGCAAAGGUCCUGCAUAGAAAUGGUGCACCUUUUGAAGAUUUUGAUUUCGGUGGAUCUAGUCCACUACAUCAUGCUGUUGACAGUGGCAGCUGCGAGAUCAUAUCGUGGAUGAUAAGGGUUGGAGCAGAUGUGGACAUUCGAGACAAAAAUGCUGCUUGGACUCCACUGAUGCGAUGUGCUUCUCUUUCUGGUAACAAAUCAGUUGCUAAGACAUUGAUCUUCGAUGGAGCUAAUAUUGAUCUCAGAGACAAUGAUGGAAAAACCUGUUUAAUAAUUGCAGUCAUGAAUGAUCAUGAACAAUUAGUAGAACUUCUCUUGGAGAGCAACGUCAACGUCACAAUAUUAAAUAAGAGUGGUCGAACAGCAUAUGAAAUAGCAGUUGCCCUUAAAAAAACUGCAAUAAUAAAGAUCUUGGAUAAAUAUAUUAAAAGUAGAAAGAAUAAUAUUCCUAAGGAGGAGACCAGAAAUGUUAGUGUUACAUAACUUAUGGAAUUUAGAAUCUGGACAUGCAUUGGGAAAAGACCUUCAGAUAAUUCUCUGUCUCCAUGAUGUCAUCAUACCUUGCAAUUCAAUGUGCUGAUACAAUGAAAAGAAUCAGGCUUUUAUCUGCUUGCCUGAAGUCAUAAAACAAUUUAUGUUGUAAGACUAUUUUUAUCUUCUAGGAUUUCAACAAAACAAAUGAAAACAAUUCUGACAUUCCAGAAGAAUCGUUACAAUAAAGUUACUUCCUUCACUCAUCAACUGCCAUUUUGAA